GACCGAAAGCCAAUCGCUGCCGCUUGUUUUAAGGCGCCGGGGUGAGCUGUAGUGCUGCUGUCAGUUCUACCCUCGUGUUUCACAUUUAAUUCACAGUUCUUUUCUUACGUAUAAACAUUCUCUUGUAUUUUCAGUGCAAAAGCCAUUUAUGUGCCUGUAUACAUGUAAGCUCGUCACACUAACGGCCAAUUACUAGAGAUAAUGUGUGUUAAUGGAGGAAUAGGGGGCCAAGAGGACUGUACAGAUAUUGCCCUAAGUAAAGCUAACACUGACACCAGUGAGCAGUGCACAGUGUGUGAUGGGGAGAAAAAUGAGACAGGAGAGGCAGGGGUGAUCAACGCUGCGACCAACCCCGAGCGCUGGGUGCCAGCUCUGAACGAGGAAAGGCAUUACAGCACUCCUCAGGCAGUCUGCUGUACGAAGGCAUGAAGACGUGCUGUCUGUGAAGCCUGCCCACCAGGAGUAUCAGCCGUGUGGCUCAGUGCUGUAACACGAGGCUCUGUGUGCACACAGACAGGUGACUUGGAGGAAAGAAUGGUGGGACAAGAAUCAGCGUUCAGAGCUGGAAAUGGGCAACAAGCAAACCAUUUUCACUCCAGAGCAACUGGAUGCAUAUCAGGACUGCACAUUCUUUACAAGGAAAGAAAUUCUGAGACUGUUCUACAGAUACCGAGAUCUGGCCCCGCAGCUCGUCCCACUCGACUACACCAGCAGACCCGACGUGGCACUUCCCUAUGAGCUCAUUGGCAGCAUGCCAGAGCUGAAGGACAAUCCGUUCCGCCAGCGGAUAGCAGAGGUUUUCUCAGAGAGCGGAGAUGGCAAUAUGACUUUGGAUGAUUUUUUGGACAUGUUUUCUGUGCUGAGUGAGAUGGCUCCCAGAGACCUAAAAGCUUAUUACGCUUUUAAAAUUUAUGAUUUUAACAAUGAUGAUUACAUAUGUAAAUCAGACUUGGAGAAAACUGUGAACAAAUUAACCCGCAAUGAACUCACCCCAGAAGAAGUUAGCCUUGCAUGUGAGAAGGUGAUUUAUGAAGCUGAUCUGGACAACGACGGAAAGCUUUCUUUGGAAGACUUUCAGCAUAUGAUAAUUCGAGCUCCAGAUUUCCUCAGCACAUUUCACAUUCGAAUCUGAACCUAGCAAACAUAAAGAUGAAAGCACUUCUUCUUGAACAGUUUGGAAAUGGAACCAGUCACAGGACUCUCUUAUUCACCUCUUUAAAAGGAAAAGUUCAUCUUUACUGAAUUUUCCCUGUUAUUCCACAGAAGGUGUGUUUCUACAGAAUUGCCUAUUCCCACCUCCUUCCCUCACCAAAGCAGUGAUGUGGAAAAAAAUAUAUUUUUUAAGUUUGGGGACCACCAGGUAGGGGGCUGUAUGAAAUUACAGCUCCUCAAACAAACAAAGACCCUGUGGAAAUACCCCAAUAUCCAUUAAAGACCCCACGCUGUUACAGACUCAUGCUGCAUGCAGGAAUCUCUGUACUGCGGAACUACUCCUUUUCCCCUGAGACAAAGCCAGCUCUAGGUUUAGGGAAACAUGCUGCUGCCUCCAGAACUUGGUUUUCCUUAGAAAACGCACACUGAGAAUGUGCUCAGCUCAAGUUCUGAGGUUCAGAGAAUGCCGCCUAACUUCAAAAAUAGAUUCAAAAACACGAUGGUUAAUCUAAAUUGUGUAACCAACUCCUCCGAUGUCCUCGAACAGCCUUAACAAAUGAUUCAAUCAAUCAACUGGCCCAAGUAUUCUCCUGGUGUGUCACUGAAGCCUGAUACAGGUUCUAAGAUGGAUAAAGGGAAGAUUUAUUCAGAAUUUACAAUUUACAGCUUAAACAACAAAAAAAAAACAACAAAACCAGAUCCUAUCCCAUGUUCUUGGCACUCUUCCCCGUUUUUGGCAAUAGUUUUCCACAACAGGAUCUGUAUGU